AUGGCAUCCCUGAGCAAGCGCGAGCAGGCCCGCAACGAGCGCGAAUUGCAAGACCUACUGCGAGUGCCUGGGAACUCGCAAUGCGCAGAUUGCGGCGCAAGGAACCCCUCAUGGGCAAGCUGGAAUUUGGGAAUAUUUGUUUGCAUGCGAUGCGCCUCUAUACAUCGCAAGCUGGGCACACAUAUCUCGAAAGUGAAGUCCCUUAGUAUGGAUAAGUGGUCUUCAGAACAAGUCGAGAGUAUGAAACAACGAGGGAAUACUGCCUCGAACAAGAUCUACAAUCCCAAAAAUAAGAGGCCUGAUAUACCACUCGACGCGGACGAGGUAGAUUCAGCUAUGGAGAGAUACAUCAGGAAGAAGUACCAGGAAAAGAGUCUCGUGGAUGGCAGACCCGAACCACCCUCUCGCGCUGAACCUUCACCAAGCUUGAAUCAAGCACCUUCUUAUUCUUCGCCUGUUCCUGAUCUGCCCACUGCAGGCAAGAAACACAAGUUCUUCGGCUUCAGUCUGCGCACGUCUUCCAAGAAAGAUAGACCUGGUAUGAAUGAUGCAUUUAAAAUAACACCCGUCGAAUACAGUCCUACUAGCGGUACUACAAGAGAAGUGCCUGAGCUCGAGUUACAGGAGAAGCUGGGACAAUUGCGAGACAUGGGGUUUCGUGACAAUGAAAGAAAUCUGAACAUACUGAAACGAUCUGGCGGGGACAUCGAGAGAACUAUCGCAACCUUGGUCAAGAUGGGCCCAAGUGAUCCAACACCAGGACCAAGACCUAGUCCUCCUCCAAGUCAAGCUACUGAGCCGUCGGCUCCUGCACCUGCUGCAACUUCAAAUAAUCCUUUUGACCAGCUGGAUCAACAGCAGGGACAACAGGGGUCAAGUUUCGGACUAUCGUUUGAUACGUCAAGAAAAUCCAGUCAACCUCAACAGCCACCACCAAGUGCUAAUCCCUGGCAAGCAGCCAUGCCCGCACAGAAUAGAGGGCUUGAACAACAGUUCGCUAAUAUGCAAGUUUCGAAUACGUUGUUUCCUCAUCAUACUGGUGGUUAUACUGGACCUUCAGCAUACCAGGACCUAAGGCUGCAGAAUAUGACUCCUCCAGUACCUGCACUGCCUCAACAGUAUGGCUCAGCAUCACCAACUUCGAAUCCUUUCUAUCAUCAACAGCAACCCAUGUCUAGCCAAUCGACCGGGAACAACCCGUUCCUCCAGCAACAACAAAGUCAACCUGUUUUUGCACCUUCAUUCGCCAACAAUCCAUUCUUAGGCAUGCAGCAGCCACAUAGUCAGAACGGAUCGAAUUCGAGCAACAAUCCCUUCGGCAUCGCUCUGGCUCAGCAACAAUCUCAGUCUUCGGCACAGCAAUUCACGCAAGUCCAGCAACCUCAGACACAGAAUAUGAACCCAUACGGUUUCGUUCCACAAAAUUCGCAUCCCUCCUUUCAACCGUCCCAAUUCAGUAGCCAGCAAAUGCCACCAUAUACUCAGCAGACAGCUCAAUCGCCCCAAUCACAGAUUCCGAAUUUCGACUACGGUCAACCACAAUCGCAAUCACAAUUACAAUCUUCUCAAUCUACUCCAGGACACUCACAACCCCAAGCACAACCAGGCUAUUAUCAAAACCAGCAAUUCCAGGCUCAGCCACAACCUCUUCAGCCUCAAGCUACAGGGCGCUAUACCAAGAAUGACAUCCUAGCUCUCUUUAACGCUCCGACAUCCCUCCAAACACAAUCUCUGGCACCGGUCCAAGAGGCACAGGACGAUAAUACCUCUCAACAACAGCAGCAGCAGCAGCGACAGCAAAUCGUCUCACCAGUACCCUCGAACAAUCCAUAUGGAAAUCCAGCCACACUCCCUGGUAAACGCGCCGCUACCAUGCCAGUGUCAUCCAUGCACUCAUCCGGCGGUCACACGAUCGGUUCUAGGAAUCCGUUCUUGACUGUACAAGGAGGAAGCAAUAAUAAUAACAACACUUUUGGAGCUGGCCAGCAGCAACAGCAGCAGCAGCAGCAGGGGUAUGGUACAUGGCAGCAACAGGGUGCACGACACGCGAGUAAUGAGAGCGUCAGUGUUAACAAUCCGAGUUUGGUGGAUGGGCGGCAUAGUCCGGAUGCUUUUGCGAGUUUAAGUAGUAGGUAUUAA